AUGUCCAUCGAAGUCGACUGGGCAAGGGCCACCUCCGGCCCGGACGGAGAAGCUCUAGCAGAGCGCAUCCGCUCCUUUGUCCACGACAAGUUCCAACAAGUCCCCCUACCACGCUUCAUUCGUUCCGUCCAAUGCCACGCCUUCGAAUUCGGGACAAUCGGACCAGACCUCGAGAUCAAAGACUUCUGCGAACCCUUCUCCGACUUCUAUGAGGAAGACGAUGACGACACUUCCGCGACUUCGGAGGAGCUCAUCGCUGAACAAUGGUCCGGACGCCAUUCGGACUCCGCAUACGACGACGAUGUGCCGCAUAACCUCCACCACCAUCCCUACCCGGGCGAGGCGUUCCAGCCCUCUGCACUUCGAUCUCCACUGCCUUUGGGUGACCACAUCAAUUCGCAUUUCCUGCCUCGCGCCGGCACCCCCGGUAUUCCUGGAGGCACAUCGACUCUCGGGUACCAUUUGAUGUCCCUGGGUGGUCUUUCGGGAACCCAGACUCCGCUCGCAGCUGUAGCAGGCGGGACACCGUUCGCCAGCAGCUGGUCAGACGCUGGAUUAGGUCAUGGAGGCAGGCCACGCCGUCCCUCUCGCCCGAGUGGCCUUCAGCACCGAGCAGACGCAGACAUCGACACCACAAACUCGGCGUCACGGCCAUCCACCGCAAACACACUACCCUCGCAUCCCUCGGCGGGCCAUACUGGCAGCAGCGGAUCAAAUCGCAACAGCGGUGAUCCAGCUGAUAUACCGCAGCCAUCCACAGAACCCCUCAUCGACCCCUCUGCUCCAAUCCCGCCGCGUAUGCGGGAGCGUCGUCCAGAGGAUUUCCAAAUUUUAUGUCACGUCAAAUACGCCGGUGAUGUCCGAUUAUCCUUGACAGCGGAGAUCUUGCUCGAUUACCCGAUGCCAAGCUUUGUCGGACUGCCGCUGAAACUCAACGUCACCGGGAUUACCUUUGACGGUGUGGCGGUGGUUGCAUAUAUACGGAAACGCAUUCACUUCUGCUUCUUAUCUCCUGAAGACGCGGAUGCGCUGCUCGGUUCUGAAGGACAGCAUCAGAGCAGCCAGCAGCCUGGUGAAGAUGGUCGGCCGCGGUCUGGCGGGGAUCAGAAACGACAGGGUGGAUUGCUGCAGGAGAUUAGGGUGGAAAGCGAGAUUGGCCGUAAGGAAGACGGCAAGCAAGUUCUUAAGAAUGUUGGAAAGGUGGAGCGCUUUGUUCUCGCUCAGGUGCGUCGCAUCUUUGAGGAAGAGCUGGUUUACCCUAGCUUCUGGACAUUCCUCAUUUAA